AUGUUUAAACAUGAUGAUUAUUUCAGUAGAAUCAAUUGUCCCAAGAACAAUUGUCAAUUAAUAAAUUGCAUAUUCAAACAUCCUGAAAGGGAUACAGUGCCAGACACUUUGAAGAGCUCCUCAGAACCUUCAUCUAAUGUGAAAAGAAAGAUUGAAAACGAUUUACCAGAACCCAAGAAAGUACAUAAUGAAGGGUUUAAACCAGUUCAUCAUGUUAAAAUCCCGCUGAAUGAUAGGUUGAAGAAUAUCAAGAGCAUAGAAAGUAUCCAUAAGCUCGAUAACACUUCAUCCCAGCAGAAAGAAUUCGAACUUGCUAUAAAGUCAAACUCGUUAAAAGAAUAUUAUUCCAAUAUGUCUGUAUAUUUGAACAUAGAAUCUGAUCCUCAGUUUAUAACACCAAAGCAAUUGAACAUCUCAUCACCUGCAACUUUACAAGUGAGGAAAUCCAAUAUCGAGAACAUAUAUGAAUUGAUUAAAUUGACUGAGCCAAACUUGAAAACUCCCAAGUUGAAAGCCAUAAAUGAAGAGUACAAGAUAGCUACCACCACUUCCAAAUUCACGUAUAUGCCAAACAUAAAAAGAAAGAUUCAUGAACUCAAAAAUCCAGAGAAAUAUAAGAUCAAAACCAAAGAACUCACUAAUGAUGAUUAUUAUAAUGAGUUGUUGAAAUUGGUUAUACCCAAAGAUAAAUUGGUUAAGUAUGGCUACAUAAUGGAUGUUCCUACUCCAAUAACUCCCAGUGAGGAACGGAAAUGUAGAAGAUGUGGUAAAGAAUUCAAGUUGUCCGAUCAAUUGUUACCCAUACAUUGCCAAUUUCACGCAGGUAAAGCUAUAAAGAGGGACAGGAAGAGAGUUUACGAAUGUUGUGGAGAUGUAUUAGGAGAUAAUGAAUCAGAACCAUGUACAUCAUAUAACUAUCAUGUCUUCUACUGGGAUAAUCCUGGUGAAAUGCAAAGCUUCCUUCCGUUCAAAAUCACAAGUGAUGUAUUUACAAGGAAUGAGAAUGCAUUAAAAGCUAUUGGGAUAGAUUGUGAGAUGGGAUUUACCACCAAAGGAUUUGAGUUGUUGAGGAUCACAGCCGUGGAUUUUUUCACAGGAGAGGAAGUUUUAGAUGUUUUAGUGAAGCCCAUUGGAGAGGUAAUUGAUUUGAAUUCUCGUUGGUCUGGUAUAGAAUCUAUUAAAGAUGAAGCAUUAGAGUUCAAUGAGCUGAUCAAACUUUUAAAUGAUAUAAUGGAUUCAGAAACAGUUCUCAUUGGUCAUGGUCUAGAAAAUGAUUUAAAUUCAAUGAGGCUCAUUCACAACAGAAUUGUCGACACAGCUAUACUUUAUCCUCCUCAUAAAACGUCACCUACAUUCAGAUAUUCUUUAAAGAUGUUGGUAUUCAAUUAUCUCGGUAAAAAAAUCCAAACCGGCCAACAUGAUAGUGGAGAAGAUGCGUUAGGUGCUAUUGAUAUUGUAAAAUACUUCAUCAAAAAAGAUCAAACUUCAAUUCUUAGUAAAUAG